CACACGUCAUAGAAUUUGUAAUAAUAAUAAUAAUAAUAAUAAUAAUAAUAAUAAUAAUAAUAAUAAUAAUAAUAAUAAUAACUAAAUGUCCAUAUAUUGAAUUAGAUCAGCAGGAUGGCCUCUUUUCGUUUAUGGAGUUUCCUAUGAGCAAUGACUUUUCGAAAUUUCUUUCUUUUCUGUACUUUACAUUGUGGAUUGUUUCAUUGUUCACAGGCACAACUCCACGGGAGGAACCUGCUGGCGUUGUAGAUUAUGAGUGAAGUGGUUUACACAAAGUCUCAGGAGGAGUAUGAGGAUGACUUUGAAAAGGAUCUAGACUGGCUGAUCAGUGAGGAAAGCCGAAACGAGGACCAGGGUCCUGACUAUGAGGACAUCGAGGCAGAGAUCGACAAAGAACUGGAGGAAGAUGAAAAACGACAAGGAGUAAAAAGAAAAGAUAAAGGGUACAAGCAAGAGGCGAAACCUAAAAAAGCAGAGCAAAUGGAAGACGAUGAAGAGAGGUGGCCGUCGCCUAUGGAGCCGUUGGAGUAUGAUUCAGACAGAGACAGUCCGAGAAAGUCCCCACCUACAGACCAACCGCCUCUGGGGAUCGGUGAUCAGACAGAUGAAGAAAAAAAGUAUAUUCUUGAGAAAAUCCAGCAGGCUAAUCGAGAACUGAGGGACCAAGAAGCACCAGAUGCAACAAGACGGAGGCGACUGCAUUUCAAAGACACCCUGGUGGACCUUGUGGUUCCUCCGCUGCAGUUUGUUAAAAAUAUAGUUCAGGUACAGGAAGGGAAGAUGAAGAAGGACAGAGUGGAUAACGAAGAUACUGAAGUGUCUGGGAAGCUGUCUGAGCUAAAGCUUUCUCCCCGCAAUGAAAAUGGGGCAUAUGGAGGCAAAGCGUCUGAGAGCAGUGGAGGAGGACAGAGAGUGAAAGAGGGCAGGGUCCUUGUGGAGAAAGAUGGAAAGUUUGACUUAGUUAAUCUCAACGAGGUAGAAAGUCAGAAUCUUCUCCCUCCUAUAACAAACAGCUUCAGCGACUAUCCAUGCAGCUCCCCUCGGGCUGCGGAGCAGACUACAAACCCCACUAAAGCCUACAGUGUGGCCUCUUCGCCUCGCCCUCGGUCAGGCACUUCUUCUAUUGAUCACCUUUGUGCGCCGAGACCUCCUGCACAGCCCAGGAGCAGGCCCAGCUCAGCCAGCCAGAGCCAGAAGGGCAGCCAGAAGAAAAAUGCCAAGCGGCGAGUGCAGUCCGCCACAGGGACCCCCUCCCAGGCCACGUACACACUCUCCCCCCAGCAAAAAGAAGUGCUGCAGAAGAUCCAGGAGAGGAGGGAGAAUCUGGCCAGGGAGGCCGAGCAGAGGAAACGCGAGGAAGAGGAGAUGAAAAGACAGGAAAACGAGCUUGCAUUCAAAGCCUGGUUGAUGAGAAAGAGAGGACAGCUUCAGGAGGAGCGAAGAAUCCACCGUGCACAGGAAAUGGAAAGGAUGAAUUCUAAAAAAGACAGCAGCAAUCCAGAGGAAGCCUUCCGGCUGUGGCUUCAGAGGAAACAUGAGCAGCAACAGAAGGAAAAGCAGCUAACAGAGCUGAAGAGGCUGGAGGAGGACAGCAGUUAUCUGUUACACAGCCGGGAGGAAUGUGAACGUGCUUUCAAACUGUGGCUGAGGCGUAAGCGGGUGGAGAAGAGGGCCGAGCAGCAGAUGGCUCGAGAGCACUCGCGCAGGCUGGUGCUGGAGGAACGACGUGCACGGCGCAUGAGGGACCUCAUAUGCACAGCUAACGAAAACAAGCCUUUCAGAUUUACUGACCAGCUGGCUUAUCACUUCUGAACAAAACAGCCCCAAACUCACUUCACCAAAAACACCACCAAUAAAUGCAUCAGAAAUCUUUUUAUGAUAGAAAUUUUGUUUCUAUUGUAAUUUGGAUUUAUUUUGGGAUUUACUUUAGUAUUUAUAACUCUGUGCUGCUUUAAAAAAUGUUUUUUCAAAAAGUAUCCUAAAGUGACUUAUAGUAACUGUAAAUAAACUAUU